CUGAAGUUUCAGAUGCCCGAGAGUGUGGAAGUGAAGAGCGAACGAUCCCACUGGCAUCAAUUGGCUGGCCUUACAGGUUUAAUAUCACCAAGAGAAAAAAAAUUUUUGGCAUAUAGAAUCAAAAAAUCGUAUGUGGAAGAAGACUAAUGUUUCCAUGAAUUAGUAUGAUAAUCUUACUACCAAUCAUCUCUCUUGAAAAUAUCAAAUGAUUGAUAAAGCUAAUUCAGUUGAGUUGUGAAAGUCAUGUACAAGUUUUAGCAGCAACUGCAUUCCUUCAGAUAACUGUAAUUGAAACCUUUUAAUCAUGCCCUCAACGUUCCCACCAGACAUGGAGUCCUAUAAUGACUGCAAUGUAACCAACAACACCGAUGAUGGCAUGGGCAAUAUAUUUGUAAUGCCAUUUUGGCAACAACUUGUAUUCAGCGCUAUGUUCGGAAUCAUGAUUUUCGUUGCCACAGGUGGGAACGCCAUUGUCAUGUGGAUAGUCCUGGCUCACAAGAGGAUGAGAAGUGUCACAAAUUACUUUUUGGUAAACUUGAGCCUAGCAGACACGAUGGUUGCCACACUGAACGUCAUCUUCAAUUUCGUUUAUAUGAAGGACGGUGAUUGGCCCUUCGGCGAUGCCUAUUGCAAGAUAUCGAAUUUCAUCGCUAUUGUUUCAGUCGCUGCAUCAGUUUUCACCUUGGUGGCGAUUUCCUUUGACAGAUACAUGGCCAUCAUGCAUCCUUUAAAACCAAGGAUGUCUCGCAGUACCACUCUGAAUAUCUGCGUUUGGAUCUGGGUCUUCAGCAUUUUGCUCUCUUUCCCGAACUUGCUGUACUCGAUGACGAUCAUCGAGGAAUUUCCAGACGGUGGGAACCGAGUCAUCUGCUUCAUGUUUUGGCCGGAUGGACCAUCGAAUGAAAGCAAUCAAGAAUACAUCUACAACGUCGUCAUUCUGGUGGUGACAUACGUGCUACCCAUAACUUCAAUGACAUUCACGUACUUCCGAGUUGGCCGAGAACUGUGGGGCAGCCAGAGCAUCGGAGAAUGCACUCAGAAGCAGAUUGAAAGUGUCAACUCUAAAAGGAAGAUCGUGAAGAUGAUGAUCGUUGUCGUGGUGAUCUUCGCUGUCUGCUGGCUCCCGUAUCACGUGUACUUCUUGGUGGCCCAUCACCUCCCGCAUAUCUUGAAUGAAACUUUCGUGCAGCCGACUUACUUAAUCAUCUACUGGUUGGCCAUGUCCAAUGCGUGCUACAACCCGUUCAUUUAUUGCUGGAUGAAUAGCAGAUUCCGGCAAGGAUUCAAGAGCGUUUUCCGCUGCUGCAAGUGGAAAGAAGAAAAGAUCAAUCCCCUGGAACAAAGAAAAUUCACAGCUGCUCGCACAAAUACCGUCAACGGAGUGAUGGCUCUGCAAACGGUGACCGAGUCGCUCAGCGGGAGUAACCCUCUGCUAUACAAUAAAUACGUACGUCAUGAUAGAAUGUCCAAUCUGUGACUUUAAGGGCUGAUGCAAAAAAUAAGCUUUUAAGUUUAUAUUCAACACUGAGUCAUUUAUUAUUGUUUUGAAAUUCUUUAAAACAUCCAUUCCAGUCAUUUAAAUUGAUUCAGAUACUAAUCAGAUAUUUCUUUUAAUAUUAUUUUAAACCUAUGUAUCUCUCUAAAGUUUAAACCUAUGUCUCUCUCUAGUGGAUAAAAACACUGAUUCUAUAGCGAUAAAAAUUUUGUCGAUGACACCUUUGAAGAAAAUGUAUAGUUAUAGACUCUGCUGAUUUCAUUGCCCUAUUACCAUACCCUAGUAGCACACAAAUAUUGUAUAAUAUUGAAUGCCAUUGAUCUAUAUUCGCAAUAUUGUUUAACAUCAUAUAAUGUCGCACAAUACUGAACAAUAUUGUGCGACAGGCUGCGCUACCUGGACAUGAUAUGGUGCGAUAUCUCCACGAUGCUGUCCGAUAUUCUGAAUGCCGGCCAAUAGCGUGAAGAUUUCGCAACAAUGUUAUAGGACAAUUUGUGUUAUAAAAAUUUCAAAUUUUAAAAUGGUAUUUUUACUUAUUUUAAAAUGGUAUUUAUACUUUUCAGGGAAAAAAAAUUCUCCUCUGCAUAAUUUGUCUUGCCCAGUGCAUUUAAAAGGACUUAUAAUGGACAUAUAUGACCCAUUAUUUUAACAGGAUAAAUACACCUGAUAUAAUUUUGAUGAAAGAAAUUAUCUCCCUUCAACAAAAUGAAGAGAAUAAUCAUCCAUGUAAGGAGUGAUAUUCAACUCAAAUAAAGUGAAAUAUACAUUAAUGCGGAAGGAAGUUACUAGGGUCCUACUGAUCAUGGAGCAGUAUUCCUUUAUAGUGAAUGGCUUCAGAAUAUCUAUCCAAAGGAUGAAAUAUCUGUUAAAAAUAAGUAGCCAUUUCUCGUUAUAUUGUUUAAAAUAGGAAAAGAUUUCCUAGGGUAAAGGAUACAUAUUAUAUAGCAGAACUUGCUUUAUUCUUUUUGCUUCUGUAGUGCAAACUUGUUUUGUGGUGAUUGUGAGCUAUUUGCGACGAUACAUUUGAAAAGUUAAAUUGAUAAUGCUACUUAUCCCCGAACUGGCAAUGCUACUUAUCCCCUAACAACUAGAAUUUAUGAUGAACAUUAUACAAACCAUUUUUUUUUUUUUUUUUUUUUUUUUGCUGUGUAACAGUUCUUGUGUCGAAAAUAAAAUAAUAUUUCGGCAAUACCAAUUUUAAUAAGAAACCUUCUUGUAAGAAAGGUGUUGAUGUAAUACUUUUAUUUUAUUUAACGAGUUAAUAAACGAGUUAAGAAUCUUAAACGCACAUAUCAUAAUUUUAAGGAAUUUAAUCCCUAUCAUUUUUAAAUGAUUGCUGUUUCAA